CAGAACCUAACUUGAAUGGGUGUUUCCUUCGCCUCUGCAGCGCAGCUGGGUGAUGCAAAGGGUGGUGAUUCCACUGAAGCAACUGCCAAACCAAAGAGAAGUUUUUAUGCUGCGAGGGAUUUGUACAAAUACCGACACCAGUACCCACAGAACUUCAAAGAUAUCCGAUAUCAAAAUGACUUGAGCAAUCUUCGUUUUUAUAAGAAUAAAAUUCCAUUUAAACCAGACGGUGUUUACAUCGAAGAAGUUCUAAAUAAGUGGAAAGGAGACUAUGAAAAACUGGAGCACAACCACACCUACAUUCAAUGGCUUUUCCCCUUGAGAGAGCAAGGCUUGAACUUUUAUGCUAAAGAACUAACUACAUAUGAAAUUGAGGAAUUCAAAAAAACAAAAGAAGCAAUUAGAAGAUUCCUUUUGGCUUAUAAAAUGAUGUUAGAAUUUUUUGGAAUAAAACUGAUUGAUAAAACUGGAAAUGUCGCUCGGGCCGUUAACUGGCAAGAAAGGUUUCAACAUCUGAAUGAGUCUCAGCACAACUAUUUAAGAAUCACCCGUAUUCUUAAAAGCCUUGGUGAGCUUGGAUAUGAAAGUUUUAAGUCUCCUCUUGUAAAAUUUAUUCUUCAUGAAGCUCUUGUGGAAAAUACUAUUCCCAAUAUUAAACAGAGUGCUCUGGAAUAUUUCGUUUAUACAAUUAGAGACAGAAGAGAAAGGAGAAAGCUCCUACGGUUCGCCCAGAAACAUUAUACGCCUUCAGAGAAUUUUAUCUGGGGACCACCUAGGAAAGAAGAGUUAGAGGGAAGCAAAGCCCAGAAAUCGCCUGUCUCUCCUGCCUCUGGUCAUAACAGUCAAAUUUGUACGCACAAAAAAUCCAAGGACUCCAAACAUUCCUCCUCAGCUGUUCCCGUAAAUAACAAAACAUCUGAAGAAAAAAAAGUGGCACCUGGCGAGCCUGGAGAAGAGACAGACAGGACCAGCACAGAGCCCAGCAGUGAAGCUGCCAGUCCAAGGAACACGGAAAAGGAUGGUAAUGCUGAAAAUUCAAAUUCUCAGCCAGAAAAAACAAUUAAUAAUCCCACAGAGAAAAAGGAGAGCACAUCUCCUCCUGAAAAAGAUGAAGAAGGUGAAAAUCAUAACCAAGACUGUGAAAAUCCUGGAAAGACAGGUUCCCAUGAUGAUGUACUAUUACAGUGAAUUAUCGGAAAGCCACAAACCAGUUUAGGUAAGGGAGGAAGAAACUACUGUACAGUUUAUCCUAAGGAACAGGGGUCACAUUUCAAAUCUUAGCUAUCUGUGUUUUCUGUUGUAAGCAUUUUGUCGUCAUUGUUUUUAAUUUUGGAUGACAGUGAAUUUAAUAUGAUGUUUUAAGACAAGACUCAAUAAAAGAAUGUAUUCUGUAACACUUUUAAGAUGUGAGUUUUAAAAUUCUCUAUGCAGUAAUUAUUUUACAAUUAUUUUCAUGUAUCUGGAAAUAAUCAUGUAGUAUUUGAUAUAUCAAAUUCUUUUGAGAGAUUACAGUCUCCCUGAAGAGAACCAAGAGGAUAAUUUUAUUAUGUUACCCACACGUUUGCCUAAUUUAUGGAUGAAUUUUUUUUUAAGCUGGAAGAAAGAAUUUGGUCUUCUCAAAUGUAUUCAGAAAGUAAUUUAGAUUUCUUCAUUGCACUUCAACAUGUUUAUUUAAAAAUCUGAUAAAUGAAAUGGGUAUUCUUGGGAGCUAUAAUCUCCCCAGCCUGGUUGUGAGUCCUACUGUCUUUUCCUCUUCCCUCUCUCCACACUCGUCCUCAUUCACUUUGUCAGCCAGUAUAUACAUUUCUAGUGUACAUUUGGAUCAUCUCUUAUGUUGAUAUUAAAAUGGAACAGAGACUUUCAAAUUUCAAAAUUUUCCUUUGUUUAAAAUAAUAAACAUGUUUUUCCGUAUUAAGAGCUUAAAAACAAAUUUUGACGCAAAAGUCUAAGAAAAGAAUUUUGCAUUCUGUGGCUGUUCCAUAUAAAUUUGGUGCUUGUUUCUAAGUACAAAUGACUAAAUAAUUAAAAAAUAAGAAAAGAAAUUAUUUAUGCCUCUUGCAUUGACAACGAAGCAGUGGUCCCUAAAACCAUUAAUAACUCAGUGUUAUGUGGACAAUGAAAUUAAUAUACUGCUUAGUCCAUGGUGUAUCUUUUUAAAAAAAGAAAUACAAUAUGAUGCAUCUCUAAGUUGUCAAACCUUAAAAUUGAGAACAAAUUUGAAAUUCCAUGUACUCAGUUUUAGUAAGCACUUAAUGUGUUAAUAUUGGUUAAGAGCAAAUAAUUUUAUUUCCUGUAAUAUUAUUCCUAAUUAUUAGACAUUAGGAAACAAUUGGAAACACUGGUAAGAACUUCAGGUUAUGCAUACAAAUAUAGUUAAAGCAAUGAAUAGAAAAAGAAUUUCACUUUAUUUUAUUUCAAAAAAAAAUUGGCUUUAGUGUGUGUCUUUUUAAGGCUUUAAGGUUUUUAAGUUCUAUCCACUUUAACUCCCAGAGAAUUUUUACCACAUCCUAUUUUUUAAUCAUAUUGUAUGAUCUGUUACAUUUAUUGAUCAAAUGAUUUUAAGUAGGGGAUUUCUAGAAAAUAAACAUGCCAAUGAUAUGCCUUUAGAAAUAUGAUUUUACUGCUUUAAAGUCGCUCAAAUGACUUUUUUAUGUGAAUGUUAGUAACACUCAUGUUGUAUAUCAUAUUUCAAUAAAUAUAGAACAUUUGUCA